GCGCAUCUCGUAUACGCAGGUACUAAUUCUUCUGCUGUAAAGCCGAAAGAGGUUAAGGAUUCCUUUAACGCGUGGAAGAAUGGCGGACGCGAAAAAAGAAACUGUUCCCUCAACUAAAAAAUUGCCGGCGGUGCCGGAGUCUGUAUUGAAGAGGAGAAAACGCCGUGAGGCAGUUAAAGCUGCACGUUUGCAAAUUUCCAUCAAGCAACGGGCAGAUCGUUACAAGAAGAGAAAACAGAUUUUUAAAAGAGCUGAGAACUAUGUAAAGGAAUACAGAAGAAAGGAGAGGGAUGAAAUCCGAUUGAUGCGACAAGCUAAAAACCGUGGAAAUUAUUAUAUUCCUGGUGAGGCGCGUCUUGCAUUUGUUAUCCGUAUUCGAGGUGUGAACCAAGUUGCACCAAAAGUACGGAAGGUAUUACAACUGUUCCGUUUGAAACAGAUCAACAAUGGUGUUUUUGUAAAAUUGAACAAAGCAACGAUUAAUAUGUUACGUAUCGUUGAACCUUACAUUACGUGGGGAUAUCCUAAUUUGAAAUCAGUUCGUGAGUUGAUUUACAAACGUGGAUUUGCCAAGAUAAACAGGCAACGUAUACCGAUCACUAGCAAUUCCAUCAUCGAGAAGAAGCUUGGUCGAUCUAAUAUCAUCUGUACUGAAGAUUUAAUCCAUGAGAUAUUCACUGUUGGUCCACAGUUCAAAUACGCCAGCAACUUCCUGUGGCCCUUCAAGCUUAACACGCCAAAUGGUGGAUGGCGCAAGAAGACUAACCAUUAUGUAGAAGGUGGCGACUUUGGAAAUAGAGAAGAUAAAAUCAAUGAGCUUCUCAGAAGGAUGAUAUAAGUUUAUAAAAAUCUUCAUAAAUAAAAUCCUCUAAUUAAAACAG